AUGUUGCCCCGACGCAAAAGUCGUCCGCUUCCUACAGCCAUCUUCCUCAUUGUCGCCACAUAUGUUCUUUUCUUCUGGCUCCCCAAAACACACACCUUCCGACCCCCAAAACCCAUUUCCCGCCAAGACACCACAAUUCGCUCCGAUGCCAUCCGCCUGAACAAAGUGGCCGAGAGAUAUCCGGAAACCAGGAGCGAGCGCCGCACCCGGCUGAAAAGGCGCGACGCGGUCAAAAGCACCUUCAUGCAUGCAUGGAACGGCUACAAAGAACGCGCCUGGCUGCGCGAUGAACUCAAGCCUGCCUCCGGCGGCGUCACGGAUUCCUUCAACGGGUGGGGCGCCACGCUGGUCGAUUCCAUGGAUGCGCUUGUAAUUAUGGGUCUCGACGACGAGCUGGAGCUGGCCCUCGAAGCUCUAAAGGACAUCGACUUUACAACGACAAAGAGUAAACAGGUCCCUGUAUUUGAAAUCAUCAUUCGAUACAUGGGUGGCUUUAUGGCUGCCCAUGAUCUAACUAAUGGCAAGCAUCCGAUUCUCCUGGAAAAGGCUACUGAGCUGGGUGAAAUGAUCUACCAUGCGUUCGACACGCACAAUCGCAUGCCUUCCGUGCGAUGGGAUUGGACAAAAUCCGCCAAGGGCGAAGAAAUCAGACCGUCUGCUCGGACCAGUCUAGCGGAAGCUGCUUCCCUGACUCUGGAACUGACGCGGUUGACUCAAGUGACUGGCGACCCCAAGUACUACGACGCUGUGCAGCGGGUCAUGGACGAACUCGAGAUCGGACAAGACAAGACUCGGAUUCCGGGCUUGUGGCCUACUUGGCUUGACCUGGACCGAAUGAACUUCGAAGACUCCGAGUUCACGAUCGGUGGAUGUGCCGAUUCCGCCUAUGAGUAUCUGCCAAAAUCGCAUAUCUUGCUUGGCGCACAGACGGACAAGUAUCGCAAGAUGUACGAGAAAGCGAUCAAGGCAUUCAAUGAAAAAUUGCUGUUCAGAGCCAUGACCCCGGAUGAAGAUCAGCAUAUUCUUUUUGCUGCGAAUGCUAUUGGCAUGCGAGGCAAUGCUCAGACUUUGUCCUACAUGGCUGAUCAUCUGAAGUGCUUCAUGGGUGGCUCUGUGGCGAUCGCAUCUAAGAUCUUCAAUCGGCCGCAGGAUAUGUUUGUCGCGCGCGGCCUGACGGACGGCUGCGUGUGGGCCUAUGAUAUCAUGCCGACAGGGAUCAUGCCUGAGAUCUUCAAAGUGACCCAUUGCAAGGAAAUUGACCAUUGUCCAUGGGAUGAGGAAAAGUGGAUGUCGGGUGUUCUCUCGCGGUCGAUCGACUCUGCGGAAACCCGCGAGGCGGCGGAGGACCAGAUUGAGGCCGAGAGGUUGCCUCCUGGUGUCACAGAGAUCAAGGAUCCCAACUAUAAGUUAAGACCCGAGGCCCUUGAGUCUGUGUUCAUCAUGUAUCGGACCACUGGAGAUAAGAAGCUGCUAGAUACAGCGUGGCGCAUGUUCCAGCAUAUUGACAAGGCAACACGCACCAAGUUUGGACAUUCGACCAUAAAGGACAUCCGGCAUUCAAAGCCAAGAUUUGAGGACAAGAUGGAGAGUUUCUGGCUUGCAGAGACCUUGAAAUAUCUCUAUCUGAUCUUCUCCGAACCAGACCAUAUCAGUCUGGAUGAUUAUGUGCUGAGCACCGAAGCCCAUCCAUUCAAACGACCGGAUGCAAUCAAGCAUUCAAAGACUCAUAAAUGA